AUGUCGCCGCUUGAAGACCCGUUGCGAGGUUCCACCGGGGUCAAGGCAAUGUGCACGCUGCAUGUCUUUAAGACUUAUAUCGAUAUCAGACUUGAUGCCAUUGAAGCCUCCCUCGAUGAAAUGAAGCAAUUGUUGAGGUCGCAGCUGGGGAGUUACCAGUCUACAUCCACAGACCAUGGCAUUCCUUCCACGGACAACAGUGCCUUGACCACGAUAAAAGACCUCGAUGAAAACGAAGAUAAUAUAGUGUUACCAACAAUCACAUCAGCCGACCUCCAUCCUGCCCCGAUCACGGUGGUCCGCCAUGUCGGCAAUCUGAUCACAGAGCCUGAAACAAACGGAGAAAAUGACUCCAUCUUAGGGCACAUGACCGAGAUGGGUCUAGAUUCCGAGAACUUCGCCUCUGUCUUCCAGCAUGGCUUUGAACAAAUAGCAUCAUGGUACCCAUUUCCGCACGAAACAAUGUCAGAUCUCAAACAAAACUACCCCCUGCUUUUCGCAAUGUGUCUGCUGGCCGGGUUCCGCGCAACAGCUGGUCUGAACCGUUCAAAUCUUCACAUCACACUGCAUUCAAUGGUCAAAACACAUCUAGGCAUGAAAGCCUUGGACACGCCAAUUGGAAUCACUACCAUCCAUGCUAUGCUUAUAUUCAGCGCUUGGAGCUUUGGUCCUCUCGUGCCUGGCGGCCGAUAUAUUGACAGCUGGUUAAUGAGCAGCACGACUAUCACGCACUGCAUGCUUAGUUUUUCCCUUUCCGAGCUUGGGUCUCUUACUUCUUUCUACGAUGAUACGAGUCGUAACAUGUGCAGGAUGUGGAUCCAGGCUUCUUUGGUACACUUGAAAUUCGCUAUCGGAACAGGCCGACCAUCCGUCGUCACAUGUGAUCGUCUACGCCAGUGGACAGAGAUAGUCAAAUACCCAGGCUUUGAAACGUUCGACCAGAUCAUUGCAGCUGAGCUUAAAAUUUAUAUCCUCCUCUACGAGGUCAUCUGCAACAGCGCCAACUCAGUGGGCGAAGCCUGGGAACUGAUAAACAGAUGGAGUCGAAAAUAUCUCGCCGACGGAAACAGCGUAUUGACAUGGGCCCGGUCCUGCGUCUCCCUCAUUCUCUCGCGCUGGGAACUCGCAAAACAACAGCAAGGAAUGUCUCCCGGCUCCCUCGCCCAAAAUGAACGUUUGAAAGACCUAACGCAGACGGUCAUCCGUCAUGCACAGGUCGUCCUGAGCGAAAUUCUCAUCUACGGGUCCUCGGAAACAGCAUUCGUCAGACCGACGUAUGACUACCUGCUCAGUGCGUACGCGGGCGUGACUCUUGCAGAGUAUUCUUCUGAUAUAUCCGAUAUCCACGCGACAUACACCUUGAUGGAGAAUGUCCGGACCCAGGCUAGGAUUCCGCGGAGUAUCGAUGGUGUGUUCAGCUGGGCGACGAAUGUCGUUCAGAAGAAGGCGAGAGAUUAUUUGGAUUCGAGUGUUUCGAUUAAUUCCGGGGACACGCUUUAUUCGUACCCGAUGUCUGUGGCUGAUUGGGCGCCUUUUCGAUUUAUCGAUUCCUUGCCUUCGUCUGGAUGGGAUGGGUUGGAGGAGUCUAUGAGACCAUUCUAG